AUGCUCUCGGCGCGGUACGCGGACGCGGUGAGACGCGCGGCGGACGACCCGUUCGUCCCGUACGAGAACGCCAACGGCAUCGUCAACCUGGCGGAGUGCUCCACGACGCUGACGAAUCGCGGUGGGACGCCCGGCGGGGGGGGCUGGGACGACCCGCCCGAGGGCACCCCCGAGGAGCUGACGCGCGCCACCAUCGCCGAGCUCGGCACGUUGUUCGGUCAGGGGGGCGUGGAGGCGAACGCGGUGACCGGGCCGGGGCUCGGCCCGGGGUUCGUGCGCCUGCGUCUGGCGCAGUUCCAGGACGACCCGUGCUCGUGGGAUGCCGAGGCUGAGCUGUGGGAGAGCAUGGUGGAGACGUACGGCGUGCUGCUGCGACCCGGCGCGAUCGGAUUCGACUGCAUCGACGACGGGGACGCGUCACCACCGCCCGAGUCGGAACCCGGGAUCUUCCUGGCGUGCGUCGCGGGGCGGAGCGAGGAGGCACUGCUGACGGGGAUGGACAGGCUGCGAACACAGCUGUUGCAGCGGAAGUUCCUCCACGGGCGGUGGUGA